ACACAACGAGAGCAAGGCAUUUUCCGAAAGUCAUCAUCAACACUCGCCCCAUCACAGGAUUGUUUUGUGUCGCGGUCAUAUUCCUCGAAAUUUUGCAAUUAAAAUCCGUAGAAUUCGGUCGGAAACAGUCGUAAAGUAGUGCCCUCGAAGUAAAGAAAGUAAGUCAAUAGAAUUCAGCACCAUGGCCGGAACACUGGAGGACAAAUCCAUCUGGGAAGACGGUGAGGAAACACUGGGCGAAGAAGUGCUGCGGAUGCCAACCGAUGAAAUUGUGAGCCGAACCCGUCUGAUGGACAAUGAAAUCAAAAUCAUGAAAAGCGAAGUGAUGCGAAUUAAUCACGAGCUGCAAACAAUGAACGAAAAGAUUAAGGAUAAUACGGAAAAGAUCAAGGUUAACAAAACUCUCCCGUAUUUGGUGUCGAAUGUGAUCGAACUGCUGGAUGUGGAUCCGCAGGAGGAGGAAGAUGACGGCGCGGUGGUGGUGCUGGAUUCUCAGCGGAAGGGCAAAUGUGCCGUCAUCAAAACCUCGACCCGGCAGACGUACUUCCUGCCGGUGAUUGGGCUGGUCGAUCCGGAAAAGCUCAAGCCGGGAGAUCUGGUCGGGGUGAACAAGGAUUCGUAUCUGAUUCUGGAAACGCUUCCGGCCGAAUACGACGCACGGGUUAAGGCCAUGGAAGUGGAUGAACGGCCGACGGAACAGUACUCGGAUAUUGGUGGGUUGGACAAACAGAUCCAGGAGCUCAUCGAAGCGGUUGUGCUGCCGAUGACGCACAAGGACAAGUUCAAGAAUCUGGGCAUUCACCCGCCGAAGGGUGUGCUGCUGUAUGGACCUCCUGGAACCGGAAAGACUCUGCUGGCCCGUGCAUGCGCUGCUCAAACCAAGUCCACUUUCCUGAAACUGGCCGGACCUCAGUUGGUGCAGAUGUUCAUCGGUGAUGGUGCCAAGUUGGUGCGUGAUGCCUUCGCUCUGGCCAAAGAGAAAUCCCCGGCAAUUAUCUUCAUCGACGAGCUGGAUGCCAUCGGUACCAAGCGUUUCGACUCGGAGAAGGCCGGCGACCGUGAAGUGCAGCGUACUAUGUUGGAACUGCUGAAUCAGUUGGACGGUUUUAGCUCCACGGCUGACAUCAAGGUCAUCGCAGCUACCAAUCGGGUGGACAUUCUGGAUCCGGCUUUGCUGCGUUCCGGUCGUCUGGAUCGUAAGAUUGAAUUCCCGCACCCGAACGAGGAAGCCCGUGCGCGUAUUAUGCAGAUCCAUUCGCGUAAGAUGAACGUCAGUCCGGACGUGAACUUUGAGGAGCUGGCUCGUUCGACCGACGACUUCAACGGUGCCCAGUGUAAGGCGGUGUGCGUCGAGGCCGGUAUGAUUGCGUUGAGACGUUCGGCGGUGGCCGUUACCCAUGAGGACUUUAUGGAUGCCAUCAUGGAGGUGCAGGCCAAGAAGAAGGCCAAUCUGAACUACUACGCGUAAGGUCCAGACAGAGAAGACUUGGUAGGUAAGUUGCUUUGUUCUUUAAAAAAACCUUAUGUAUCGCUAACUUGUACUAGCAAUAAACAAUUGUAUUCUGAUUA